AUUAUGCUGCAUUUACAUAUUUUCUGUAGAUCAGUUACUCCCAGGUUUACAUGAAGUUAGGCUCAUACAAUUUUAGCAUUCUGUUUACUUUCUCGGCAACUCUAAGAAAAAAGCAAUAAAAUCUUUGAGAAAUUAUAAUAUCUGGACGUAACUGAAAGUGGUCUUGGAAAUCUGCAUCAUGAAUAAAGGUGGCGCAAGACACAAGAUGACACAGUUCUGGCUGGAGCACUCACAGCAAGCCACCGUGGAGGCAAUGAUGCUGGAUUCCAACGCAGAGCAACUCACCCAACAUGAGCUCCCUGAGAUCCUGGCUCUUCUCCCUGAUCUAACUGAUGUUAGAAUACUUGAGUUGGGGGCUGGAAUUGGGAGAUACACUCAUCACCUCGUGAAGAAAGCUCGUCACGUGACAGCUGUGGACUUCAUGAAAACUUUUAUUGAGAAGAACGAAAAAGACAACAGCCACUAUGGCAAUGCUGACUUCAUACAUUCAGAUGUCACCCAGCUGGAACUGCCUGAAAAAAGUUUUGACUUGAUCUUUUCAAACUGGCUGCUGAUGUAUCUGAGUGACGAGGAGCUUCUGUCUCUUACGAAGUCCAUGCUCUCUUGGCUUCGACCAGGGGGUCACCUCUUCUUUAGGGAGUCCUGUUUCCAUCAGUCAGGAGACUAUAAGCGAGAUUUCAAUCCCACUCAAUACCGCACUCCUGCCCAGUACAACCACUUGAUGACUUCAGCCAUUUGGGAGAAGGAAGAGGGAGAAAUUAAGGAGUCCUUUGGUUUUGAUAUUGUCAUGGCAAAAGUUGUCCAGACAUAUAUCACGAUGAAGAAAAAUCAGAAUCAGGUAUGCUGGCUGCUGCAGAAGGUCACAUGCAACAAAUUGGUUCAUCGGGGAUUCAGGAAUUUUCAACAGUUCCUGGACAAUCAGCAGUACACACGACAAGGCAUUCUGCGAUAUGAGAAGAUCUUUGGCUCGGGAUACGUGAGCACAGGAGGCCUGAGCACGACCAAGGAAUUUGUUGACCUGCUGAACCUGUCUUCCGGGCAAAAGGUUCUUGACGUUGGGUGUGGAAUUGGGGGUGGAGACUUUUACAUGGCAAGGAAUUAUGGCAUUGAGGUUCUGGGCAUGGAUUUGUCAUCUAACAUGGUGGAAAUUGCAAUGGAGAGGGCCAUAAAGGAGAAGCUACCUUUGGUUCAGUUUGAGGUUGGGGAUGCCACCAAGCGAAUGUUUGCCGAAGAAUCAUUCGACGUGAUUUAUAGCAGGGAUACGAUUUUGCACAUUUCUGACAAGUUAAACCUGUUCAGACGCUUUCAUUCAUGGUUAAAGCCUGGAGGGAAGGUGCUGAUCAGCGACUACUGCUGCGGAGAGAUGCCGUGGUCACCUGAGUUUCAGGAAUACGUCAAACAGAGGGGCUACACCCUCCUGACUCCAGAUCAAUAUGGACAGGUCCUCGAGAAAGCCGGGUUUGUGCGUGUACGGGUGGAGGACAGAACCGCUCAGUUUAGCCAAGUGCUCAAGACGGAACUGGAGAGAACAGAGAAUAUGAGGGAAGAAUUCAUUGAGGAGUUUUCGGAAGAAGAAUAUAAUGCUGUGGUAACCGGCUGGAGAGAGAAAUUGCAGCGCUGUGAGAAGGGAGAGCAACGCUGGGGCCUUUUCUACGCUGAACGAAAUGGACAUAAUUGAAAUCAUAUAAAACAUCCACAUAGGAGUAUAUACAUACAUAUAUAUAUAUACACACACACACAACAAAUGCAAAGUUCAAAGUGCAGAGAUCAAGUUUAAAAUCCAAAAAUGUGAAAACAAGAAGGGUUAGGGAAACAAAUGAUGAUGGGAAUUAAAUGAAUAAUUGAGGUAAAAAAAAAAUGCAUACGCACAUUAAUUCAUUUGAUUAAUUAUUAAUGAAAUCAUUAAUUUAAUUUAUUCAUUUAUUAAUUUUCAGGAACAGUUUCAUCCAAUACAGCAUAGCCAGGAAGCAACAGGGCAACAUCAUGCACAAAGGUCUGCAUUUAGGAAUGGUUGAAAAUCCCACCCAAUUCUGUCCUCCAACUUAAAGAAAAAAUGUGGGCAAAAGGCUUUGUGCUGUUAUCAGCGCCAAAGCAGGUUGCAGCAAAUAACUAUAAACAGGGGAUUCAAGAAUUUUGGAACCUAUAUCUCUGAAGAAGACACUGUACAGCCCAUGUACGAGUAUUUGUUUUGGCAAAAGUGCAUUUAAAUCCAA